AUGACAUUUUCAUCUGAAGAAGAAGUUCGUAUUUUUUAUAAUUCCUAUGCUCAGAAUGUUGGUUUCGGUAUUUGCAAAUUAGGUGGUAGAAAUGGAGAUGAUGGAAAGCAAAAAUAUUUCUCUGUUGGAUGCGCAAAAAAUGGUAGGAAAGUAUCUCAAGCAAAAAAUAUUUUAUACCCUAGACCUUCUACCAAGACGAAUUGCAAAGCUAAGAUUAAUGUUGCUAUUCGAAAUGAUGGGAACUUUGUGAUUACUAGUCUAUGCCUUGAACAUAAUCAUAUCUUGAGUCCUGGGAAGUCACGACAUUUUAGAUGUAAUAAAGUAUUGGAUUCAGCUAUAAAGAGAAAAUUAGAGUUAAAUGAUCAAGCUGGAAUAACUUCAAGCAAAAGUUUUCAAUCAUUUGUAGUUGAGGCUGGAGGCUAUGAGAAUUUGACAUUUGAUGAGAGAAAGUGUAGAAAUUAUAUUUCAGAAGCUAGAAGGUUGAGGUUAGGGGAUGGAGAUGCUGAAGCUUUGAGUACUUAUUUUUGUCGCAUGCAAAGUAGGAACUCAAACUUUUUUUAUGUGCUUGAUUUAGAUGGGGAAUCUCGAAUAAGAAAUAUUUUUUGGGCAGAUGCAAGAUGUAGGGCUGCGUAUGAGUACUUUUCUGAUGUGGUGACUUUUGAUACAACCUAUUUGACUAAUAGUUAUGAUAUGCCAUUUGCUCCAUUUGUUGGGGUGAAUCAUCAUGGUCAAUCUAUUCUGCUGGGAUGUGGAUUAUUAUCAAGCGAAGACUCAACAACUUUCAUAUGGUUGUUCAAAGAGUUAGAUUGCAAAUUGAAAUGUGUGUGCCGUCUAUUUGAGUUUCGGGGAAUAUUAUGUAGGCAUGUGAUUAAAGUGUUGAUAAGGAUGAAGGUGACUGAGGUUCCUAUGAAUUAUAUUGUGGAUCGAUGGCGCAAAGAUAUUAAGCGUGGGUAUCAAAGUAUUAGUAACAUCUAUGAUGAUUAUGACACGAAGGAAAAACUGAUUGUUAAUGAUCUUGAACAUUCAAGGGCUGAGCAACUGAAAGGAGUAUCUACAUUUGGUGCAAAAGCAAUACACUCUCCAUUAAAAGUAAGAUCUCGAGGUCGUCCCCCCACGAAGAGAAAACAAUCUAAGAUCGAACAAAUUGUGAAGAAAUCAGUUGCAAAGGCCCGAAAAGAAGCUAGUCUAACAUUUUUUUCUAAUCUAUCUUGCAGCAGUACAGAUUGGAAAGUCAAUGAGUUGAUUGUGGAAGGGUCAUGGAAAAGUGCAAGUCUUCUUUUUGGAGCAGAAGAUUCUCCUAUUGCUGGCUUGGUGUUGGAUAGUGUCUUCUCAAAUUUAUUUGAUCUUAUAAUGCUUGUGGAUGUUUUGUAA